GGUUGACCUAUUUGUGUCCUAACUGUGCUGAGGAACUUUCUAGAUUUGAAUGACAGCUUAUAGUAUCGUACGAGUAAAGUGAGAACAUUUCUCCAAGCUAUUGAUGUUCAAACUGAUUUUUUCCAGAACACAAAAUCCAUACUAGCUUUAUAUUUCCACUAAAAUCAUGAAAAAGUUUCAGGACAGGCAAAAGUAAGAAGCUCAUUUUUGACGACGCCACUUAUUCCUUUUUCCUCUUUCCAGUUUCCACUCUGAGUCUUCACACAUCUGGACGGUGACUGUGUCUCUGAAUCUCUCCUGAUCUUAUGAUGUGGAUGAGCUUUUUUAGGACCCUUUGACCCUUGGACAUUUGCCUCAGGUCUUGAGCUUGUCUUUGGACACAUUUCAAAGGACAAAAAGAACUCUUUGUACAUUUGAGCAGGUUUCUUUUGAUGCCCAGAAGUCCAGAUUUGAUUUGGUUCUGGCUGGAUUGGUGGACAUAUUCCAGAGCUGGAGGAGGUAUUUUGGACUUUGUUUGGGCCACGUGAAAGUAUAUUCAGGCCUGUAAGCGAUGGGUCAGCGGUGUGGCCUGCUGGAGCUGUUGUGUUUGGUUCUAUUGGGCUGGACUCUUGUGCGAGGUCAAGGAAAAACUAACCUGGAUCAUCACCUGCUGGAUGAGAAGGAAGUGGGAUUGGAUGGAGAGGGGGAAGACACAUCUGUAGCAGUGAAAAAUGUGGAUGAAGAGAUAUUUUGUCCAGAAAAGUGCAGCUGCACUGUGGAGGGGGCGGUGGACUGCAAUGGAGUGAGCCUCACAGAAUUCCCGCCAGAACUGUCUGAACACACCCGUCAGCUCUCUCUGCAGAAUAACCAGAUCACAGAGGUCACACUAGAACAUCUUUCACACCUUCAGCAGUUGGAGACCCUAAACUUACAGAACAACCGCCUUACAACACAAGGUCUUGACGAUGAAGUGUUUACAAUUCUGGAAAGAAUGAGUUAUUUAUACUUGGCAAAUAAUAAGCUCACAGCUGCUCCGAGACACCUUCCUGCCUCUUUGGUCAGUGCUGAUUUCGCUGCUAACCAGCUCACCAGAAUCUACCCCAGCACCUUUGGCCAGAAGCCUGCUCUGAAGUCUGUGUAUCUCCAUAACAACAAGCUAACAGAUGCCAGUCUACCAGAGAACAUGUUUAAUGGAUCAGACAACCUAGAAAUUCUCAUUAUUUCUAGUAAUUUCCUCCGGUAUGUCCCUAAGAAUCUGCCCACCGCCCUCUACCGACUACACCUGAAGAAUAACAAGUUGGAGAAGAUUCCCGCAGGUGCGUUUGAUCAUUUGUCCCAUCUUCGAGAGCUCUACCUUCAAAACAACUUCCUGAGUAAUGAUGGUGUAGAUAGCGAGACCUUCAGUCAAUUAAACAGUCUGGAAUAUCUGGAUUUGUCAAAUAACAACCUGACAAUGGUUCCUCUUGGCCUUCCGCGGAAUCUAAUCCUGCUACACCUGGAGAAGAACUCUAUCCAGAGCAUUGCAGGCAAUGCUCUGUCACCCAUUCGGAACUUGGAGUACCUUCUCCUGCACAACAACUGUCUCCGGUCUCGUUCCAUCCAUCCAGCCGCCUUCCAGGGUCUUAAACAACUCCACACCAUCCACAUGUACAAUAAUCUGCUAGAGCGAGUUCCACGUGGUCUUCCUCGCCGAGCAAAGAUCCUCAUGCUGCCCCACAACCUCAUCAGCGAGAUUGGACGCAACGAUUUGAUCACAUUGUACACCCUCACGGAGCUCAACCUCAGUUACAACCGGCUCACCAGCACAAAGCUUCACAGAGAGGCCUUCAGGAAGCUCAGGGUUCUGGAAACUAUGGAUCUGUCGGGAAACAAGCUGCAGGCACUUCCAAUGGGACUGCCCAAGAGCCUUGAGAUUCUCAAGGUGAAGGACAACCAAAUGACAUUGAUACCAGAGGGGGCACUGUUGGGAAUGAGCAAACUGAGAGAGCUCUACCUGGCAAACAAUCAACUGAAGCUGAACUCAAUCUAUCAGGGAGCUUGGCAGGAGUUGAGCACACUCACGACACUGGAUCUCUCUGGUAACCUGUUGUCUCAUAUACCUGCUGACCUGCCUGAGUCUCUAGAGUUUCUUCACCUGCAGAACAACAGAAUCAGUACAGUAUCUGACACAGCCUUCCUCAACACUCCCAACAUCAAAGGAAUCUUCCUCAGAUUUAACCGUAUCUCAGUUCACUCCGUAUCGGAAGAGUCUUUCUCUCACCUGUCCAAGCUUCAGGUGUUGGACAUCGGCCAUGGCAAUAUCUCUCCGAACCAAGGCCAGGGAGAGGGAGUAGAGGACAAGCACUUACCAUAUGAAGAAGAGAAGACAGAUUCAUGAGUCACACAGGAGAAGAAUAGAUAGAAAAAAUAACCCCCAAGUCAUGCAAUGAACUUUCCCUUGAUCAGAAAUGAAAUAAAAUAAAAAAGACAACUGGCAUAAAAUGAUAGAAGCAUUAUGGUUGAGAGAGGUUGGCAUUAAGAGGUUGCUUCAUGAAUGUGGACUAGUUAGAUUCAGAUUAUUUCAAAAACUUUGACCAAAUGCAAAUGCAUACAGUAUUUACAGCUUAAGCCUGUGCAUUUUCCUCUGGGGUGUUCAUGCAUGUAACUUCCACAUACCUCUAUAAACAACCUUCAAAGUCCACUUGAAAUCAAAAUUGACCCCAUUUACUCCAUUAAUACAGGUUUUAUAUACAUGUCUUUAUCUUAUUGUGCUCAGUUCAUCUGUGCAUAUUUCUGAAAUCUUUCAUCAAAAUGUAACAACUUGCUCCAUCUCUGAAACAACUUUCUAUUUCAGCCUGUUUCAAUAAUCCCUCUUACUUUUCAACCCAUCCCCUCCAACCACCUGACUCCAUUCUGGUAUGUAACUUCCAGUUCAUAAUCCAAUCCAUACCUGAUCCAAAUCAAGGCCUGUGAUUUUUUAUUUUUUUUUAUCUCAUUGAUUAUCCUGUUUUACUCAGAAAUAAGUCAUGUUAUGGGAGUUAAAUGGGUUCUGAAUGUUAUUUCAUGUUGACUUUAAUGCCAAAAUCUGGAAAUACUAAUUGUGCCAUGCUGUUAUGUCUGACUUUCUAUCUUUUUCCUUUAAAAAAUGCUUUAUAUAAUAAUAGGAAGCAAUAUUAAGAAAAAAGAAAUCUUCAUAUAUUAAUAUCUGGUGCAGGAUACCAGACAAUUGUUUAUUUUUUUAAAUUUUUGCUGCAGUUUGUUCACAUAUGUUUGUGUUUUUUUACAUUUAUGAAAACAUAUUUAUGUCAUGAAAAUAAUUUCACUUUUUCCAGAGAAUCUGGCUCGCAUGCAUAUUUUAUUUACCAUGACACACUUAAAGGGAAAGUUCACCC